AGAAAAGCAAGUGAUCUUUGUGUGUGUGUAUAUGCUAAUUUUGAGACCUUGUUUUUUGUUUUCCUCUUUCCGUUGCUCGAAGCCAUGGAGUCUCCGAGGAACCAUGGAGGCUCUGAAGAGGAGGAAUACAGCAGUUGUGAGUCAGGGUGGACUAUGUACAUAGAAGAAGCCUUCCAGCGAAAUGACCAUUCAUCUGUUGUUGUCGAUGAUGAUGAUGAUGAUGAUGAUACACUGGUAAAAGAGGCUGAUGAUGGCUAUGAGAACGAUAUUGGCCACAAUAGUGAUGAUGGAGGUGAUGAAGAGAGUGAUGAUUCCAUGGCUUCUGAUGCAUCCUCGGGGCCUAGCAAUCAGCUUCCAAAGAACAUCAACAAACAUGCAGCUAGGAAGAAUGGUACUAAACAAGUCUACCUUCAAAAACGCCAACACACAGAGAAAACAUUGAGCAACGAAGGAGAAAAAUCAGACCUCAAAGCUAGAACAAGAACAAGUGCAGCUAGUCGUGUCCAGAGUAGAGGCAAGGUGAGCAAAACCAAAUAAAACUCAUGGCGAAUAAGAGAAGAAGAUAUGGGGGUUCACAAAGAAUCCAAAUCCUGUAGUGAAGAGAGACGUUUCAAAGGGCUCACCAAUCGUGUUGUUUGCCUUUAAUAAGCCAUGUGUAGGUAG